AUGUCAGAGAAUACUAGUGAAUUUGCCAUUGUGUAUGCCGCCCUCAUCCUUGCCGAUGAUGGUGUGGAGAUUACUGCUGAUAAGCUGCAAGCCUUGACUAAGGCAGCCGGCAUUGAAGUUGAGCCUGUCUGGGCUGGGUUGUUUGCUAAGGCUCUCGAAGGCAAGAAUGUGGCCGACUUGUUGUUUAAUAUCGGAUCUGCGAGUGCGGCUCCCACCUCGGCUGUUGCAAGCGGAGGUGAUGCGACAGAAACCGCGGCCGAAGACAAAAAGGAAGAGGAAAAGAAAGAUGAAAAGGACGAUGAAUCAGACGAAGAUAUGGGUUUCGGUCUCUUCGAUUAA